UGCACCCUUCCCGCCCUUGAGUGUGGCCGCUUACUUUUUUCGUUCCGUUUCGCGCCGCGCAGAGCCACUAUAAAAGCGGCCAGCACCGAAAUGGUAUCAAUCAGUAGCCUUCGUGCAGUCUACAGAAAUACACGAUGAGAGUUCUGAUCGCCGCCGCCUUCCUCGCCGUCGCCGCCGCCGCGCCCGGCGCGUACCUGGCCGCCCCCUACAGCCAUGGGCUAGUUGCCGCCCCCGUGGCGCACCUGGCGCCGGCGCUGCCCACCAUCUCAUCCGGAGACCUGGCGGCUGCGAGCAUCGACGCGCACGUGGAGGCUUCAGACCACGCCCGCGCGGCUCACGACGCCGCUCGUGAAUACCACGACCAGGCUUCUGAGCUGCAGGGCCGCGCCAUCAACGCCGCUGAGGACCACAGCUGGCAGGCCAUCGACGCCGUGAAGACCGCCGAGGCCACCCUGGACGGCCAGGCCGCCGGUGCCGCCCCCAUCCUCGCCAAGCAGCUGGUCGGCCACUCUCCCCUGGCCUACGCCGCCCCCGCGGCCUACGCCCACGGACCAGCCUACGGCCACGCCAGCGCCGUGGUCGCCCAGAGCCUGCACCAGGCGCACCCCGCGCCGCUCGCCUACGCCGCGCCCGCCUACGCGCACGCGCCCCUCGCCUACGCCGCCCCCCACUUUGCCGCCCCUCACUACGCCGCACCCCACUACGGCCACUACUAAACUGUGAUAUCGAGAUGUUUUUGUAGAAAGCAUUAACCAAAUACUCAACUUUGGAUUUGUAUAUUUUGUAAAAAGAGCAAUAGUCGAGGCGAGGAUGUGUGAAUAAAUGAAAUUGUAUAAUUUUAUUUAAAAAAA